UUUGGCGCGAAUUUUGGGGCGAAGCAAAGCAGGGUCAAUGUUGCUGUUCCAGCAGAAUAAAUUCUGUUUAAUUGUCAAAUAAGGAGCUUUUUGUUCGAUUUCACUGUUAAACUGGUGCCUGUCAAUAUGCCGGAUAUAACAAUCAAUGGAGUUAUUGUUACCUUUCCCUUUAAACCGUACUCUGUUCAGGAGGAGUAUAUGGCAAAAGUGAUAGAAUGUUUACAAAAUAGUAAACACGGUGUGUUGGAGUCUCCUACAGGUACUGGAAAGACGUUGUGUUUACUGUGCUCCUCGCUGAGUUGGCUCCUGAUCAAAAAGGCGCAGAUGCAAGCUCAAGUGCAGGCAGGAGCUCUUCAAAAUGAGGAAUUUGGAGGAAGCUUCUUUAAUCAAUUGAAUAACAAACUUGACAAGGCAGCGGGGACGCCUAAUAUAUCUACAAACUUUGGCUGGACGAUGCCGAAGAUUAUUUACGCCUCUAGGACACAUUCUCAACUUUCACAAGCUAUGCAGGAAUUAAAGAGAACAUCUUACAAACAUGUUAAGGUAGCGGUGCUGGGAUCAAGGGACCAGCUUUGCAUUCAUCCAGAAGUCUCUAAGGAGCAAAAUUCGUUUAUGAAAAUUCAAAUGUGCCAAGCAAAAGUAAAAGCUAGAACGUGCAUGUACUAUAAUAACGUCGAUCAUAGAAAAGACGAUCCUAUAUUUCGACAAGAUAUUCUCGAUAUAGAAGACUUGGUAAAGGCAAGUCAAAAAGUGAAGUGCUGCCCUUACUUUUUAUCAAAGGAAUUGAAACAGUCUGCUGACAUCACCUUCAUGCCUUAUAAUUAUUUAUUAGAUCCCAAGACAAGGAAAACACAAGGAAUAGAGUUGUUAAAUAAUGUGGUGCUCUUAGAUGAAGCGCACAAUAUUGAGAAGACAUGCGAGGAAGCUGCAUCUUUACAAAUAAGCAGCACAGAUAUAGCUUUAUGUAUUGAUGAAAUAACAGCUGUGAUGAGAUCGAUGGCGAAUGAAUUAGAACAAGAAAUUGAUUUUUCAUCCGAGGGAUCCAAUUCCGUCCAAAAAGAUUUCACUGCAGAAGAUUUAUGUAUCUUGAAGACUAUGUUUUUAGAAUUAGAAAAAGCUGUAGAUGAGAUUAAAAUUCAAAAACGUGAGGAAGGGGAUGUCAUGCCAGGUGGUUACAUCUUCGAGCUCCUUGAGAAAAUAGAGCUGACGCAUGGCAAAGAGCAACUUGUGAUAGACAAGUUAGACAAAAUUAUUGUCUACUUGUCAGCAACCGGUACUUCUCCAUUCUCAAGGAGAGGAACCGGACUUCAAAAAUUCAGCGAUCUCCUAAGAAUCGUCUUCAAUAGUGGAAAAGGUGCACUAAAACACCGAGAGGACGUUAAGAGGUGUUACAAGGUUUACAUUCAGCCUGAAGAUGCGAAGAAAAAUCAGAAAACUGAUAGUUGGGAGUCCAAGAAAAUCGUGAAAACCAGUGAAGGAAAACUCAUCUGUUACUGGUGUUUUAGUCCCGGUUUUGGAAUGCAGCAAUUAGCAGAACAAGGUAUUCGCUCGGUGAUUCUAACCAGUGGUACGCUAUCACCAUUGAAGCCAUUUAUAUCAGAGAUGGGUAUUCCAAUAGAUGUGCAACUUGAGAAUCCUCACAUCAUAACGGGACGUCAAGUGUGUGUCGGAGUACUCAGUCAAGGGCCCGAUGGCCAUCCUCUUAACUCUUCGUUUAACACGAGAAAUGAUCCAAAAUACAUCGCAUCUCUUGGAAGGACCGUAUACAAUUUCAGCUUCCUGGUUCCCCAUGGUAUGCUGGUGUUCUUUCCAUCUUAUCCAAUAAUGAAGAAGUGCAAAGAUGAAUGGCAGAAUUCUGGCCUAUGGACAAAAAUAGCUAGCCGUAAGGUACGUAAGACACCUGUGUGUACCACUUAUUUCCUGUUUCUAACAUUGUAUAAAUAUUUCCAGCCAAUAUAUGUGGAACCUCAAUCCAAGGAAAGUUUCCUAAACAUCAUGAACGAGUAUUAUGAAAAGAUUCAAGAUCCUUCCGGCAAGGGAGCAAUUUUCAUGGCAGUGUGUCGAGGGAAAGUCAGCGAAGGAUUAGAUUUUGCCAACGCUAAUGGUAGAGCUGUACUGAUUACCGGUCUUCCAUUUCCUCCUCUAAAAGAUCCCAGAGUUGUCUUGAAGCAGAAAUACUUGGAAGAGAUCAGAACCAAGGACCGAGAGUGCUUGACAGGCCAACAAUGGUAUCAGCUGGAAGCAUCUCGAGCUGUUAACCAGGCCAUCGGUCGUGUCAUUCGCCACCAAGAUGAUUACGGAGCUAUCAUUCUAUGCGAUUGUCGAUUUGAAAAUCCAAACUUUCAGAAACAGCUAUCGGCUUGGCUGAGGCCACACUUGAAGAAAUUCACAAACUUCGGAGUGGUCACGAAAGAGCUGAGGGAGUUCUUCAGAUAUGCCGAGAAUACUUUGCCGCAGCCAACGAUGAACAAAGUCAAGUACAACAGGGAGGAUUACUCGUUGCCAGCAGUACCAGCAAGAUUCAACGCGACGACGACUCGGUCUUCAGGAAAUAUCCCUGUUUCUCCAAGGGCUCCUGCGAGUAAAUCCGAAAGUUACAACAUCCAGGACUACGUGGGUGACUUGUCGCAAGCCAAGCCGGGGAAGGAAUCUAAGAAGGACUUCUUCGAGAUGCUGGAGACCUCGUCGAAGUCGGAAAUUAAUUUUAGCGAGUGCCAACUGAAAGGCAGCUGGACACGCUGCGAGUUGUCCGCCGACGUGAAGGAGCCAGCCACGAAGAAGAGGAAACUAAAAGUCCUACCGGUCGAAUUCAACGCCAAUUUAUCCGAGCCUUCGACCAGUGCUCAGCCGAAGAGUAAAACGACCCCGGAAGGCAGCGAAGAUAAACCUCUUAUCGAGACGAAAUCUAUCGACGAGAAAAGAGAAAUGGGCAAGGAGUACUUGAAGAACGUCAAGCGAGUUUUAUCGGAGGACAAGUACAAGAUGUUCGCGAAGAUUAUUCAGAGCUACACGAAGGAUGGAAACUUUCAGGAGCUCAUAGACACGCUGGAGAUCUUAUUCCCUGCGAACGAAAAUCUAGGACAUCUAUUCAAGGGCUUUAGGAGUUUUUUAAAGAAGCAGCACAUAGAACGCUUUGACAUGCACGUCAAAGUUUUGGAUGCGCUUAACUUUUAGGAAUAAAUUAUUUAAACUGCUUUGGCACCUUGUAACGCGAUAUUUUUUUCUGUACAUAAUUACGAGUAGCGUUAAUUGCGAUGGAUUUUCUGCUAAUUAUGCGAUUUGCAUAGAAUGCCUUUGUUAACUUGGAAACUGGGACAUUUGUAACUCGAUAUAUCUUGUGUACAUAAUUACGAGUAGCGUUAAUUGCGAUGGAUUUUCU